AUUCCAAGUCCCUGCCUAUUUGCAGCACUAUCUAAAAACAAUCAAAUCAUCUUUCAAAUCUGACCAAACUACAAAUGAUGUCAUCGCUAUAAGGAGUGGGGCUUUCAUCACCUCCUUGACGUAGGAUGUGUACAUGGCUCUCCAGGUCAGAGUUGCUCCAAGCAAGGUUGUUUUGCAGAAGUUUCUUCUAUGUGUCAUUCUUUUCUACACUGUGUACUACAUGUCCCUGAGCAUGGGCUGCGUGAUGUUUGAGGUGCAUGAGUUGAAUGUCCUGGCACAAUUUGAUUUCAAAACAAAUCCCUCAUGGCUCAACAUAAACUAUAACGUUCUUUUAGUUUCAACAGAGGUCACCUACUUUCUUUGUGGAUUGCUUUUUGUUCCAGUUGUGGAAGAAUGGGUUUGGGAUUAUGCUAUUUCAGUAACUAUUCUUCAUGUUGCCAUCACUUCAACUGUUAUGUUGGAAUUCCCCUUGACAUCAUAUUGGUGGGCUGCUUUAGCUAUAUCGAAAUUGCUUGUUUAGAUUUUCUAAUGCACAG